CCGUGCCAAUUGGCUGUCGCGCAACCACUACAACGUCUGCCUUUUUGUAUUCCACACCUUUCCAUCCGCCGCAAGUUCCGGUCUCAGCGGUCGCGAUCCCAACUCAAUGUCAACAGCAUUCCGGUAGCAUCAUCACUGGACAAGCCCUCGUCAGGGCCCCGCAACCGCCAUGUCAAAAGAGAACCGCGCUUUCGAUACCCAGAGAUUGGGCGCAGGCUAUGGCUUCGAGUCGCAUCCAAAGCAUGCUAUUGAAAUGCCGCCAACAUGGGUGCUUCUCGUAGGCUUGGGCUUUCUGCUAUGCGCAAUGGGCUUUUGGCUUUAUAUAGCAUUGAACCUCCUGGCGCCCACUCCGCGACUGCCACGCCGUUCCGAGAAACAAUACACGACGAUACUCCCCGACGGUGCAAGAAGCCACCCAAAGGAACUCCCGUGCUGGCUGGAUAAAUGGGCAGCAGAGAAGGAAGCCGCCAAGAAACAAGCAGCGAAGGAGCCGGGAACUAAAGUCGUCAUACCACCACAGAUGCCCAUCGAAGAACCGGAGCUCUUCAUGAGCGUCGUGGUCCCCGCAUACAACGAGGAGGACCGGCUGGAAGGUAUGUUGGAGGAGGCUGUUGACUACCUGGAGAGCCAAUAUGGUGAUGCGCAUGCUGGCGGCAAGGGGGAAAAGAGCCAGAAAGGAUGGGAGAUAAUCGUUGUUAGUGAUGGAAGCACAGACGGCACCGUCGACAAAGCGCUGGAGUUUGCAAAGGAGCGCCAACUCAGCCAACACCCCAAGUCAAAGCCAGGACCGUGGUCGAAGAACGGCGACGCCAAGGCCGCGCACUCAACACACAUCCCACACGGCAGUAUCCGCGUGGUCACACUUGAAGAAAACAGAGGCAAAGGCGGAGCAGUCACACACGGCAUGCGACAUGUUCGAGGCCAGUAUAUUGUCUUCGCCGACGCGGAUGGCGCGAGUCGGUUCUCUGAUCUAGGGGCCCUCGUUGAAGGCUGCCAGAGCAUCGAGGACAAGCAUGGGCGCGGUGUUGCCAUCGGCUCCCGAGCUCAUCUCGUCGGCAGCGAAGCCGUUGUUCAGCGCUCCAAACUCCGCAACUUCUUGAUGCACUCGUUCCACAUCCUCCUCCGCAUCAUGACGCCUCCGGCAACCGCACGCAUCAAGGAUACGCAGUGCGGCUUCAAGUUAUUUUCACGACCAGCACUUCCCUAUAUCGUCCCCUACAUGCACUCGGAAGGCUGGAUCUUCGACGUCGAGAUGCUGAUGCUGGCCGAGAGCGCUGACAUUGCCAUGAUUGAAGUGGCCAUCGGGUGGAAGGAGGUUAUGGGUAGUAAGCUAAAUGUUGUAUGGGAUAGUAUUGGCAUGGCAUGGGGUCUCGCGCUGUUGAGAGCUUGUUGGAUAGCAGGCAUUUAUCAGAGGGACUAGGGUUCGUGCAUAUAAAAUAGAGCCGCGUUACCCGCCUGUGACUGCCCCCGCAUUCAAUAUGCUUUGAUGUAGUAAACUGAAUGCAUUUUUGUUGAAACUCACACGCUGCAUACCAUGUUCCCAUGAUAUAUGUUGUGAGAUGCAGCUUCCAUGGAACCGAACUCCUGUCCGCCGUCCAGGCAUUCCAAGACUGUAAUUUCCUCACGUGCCCCAUUACUCGCGUACUGGGCUAGGGGAUCUUGACACGGCGACAAUCUCGAGAGCCUAUCGGAAGACCUAGAGUGCUAGCUCAUUC